CUUUCAUUUAUAACAAAUAAACUCUCGUUCAAUUUUGCCAAAUUAAAGUUGUCUCGUUUAGUGAUAACAUCUCAACAGUUUUCUGGUUAACAUCAGUCAUCGGUCAAAACCAAGGCAACAGUAACUCACCAGUUAGCAAGAAGCCAUUUAUAUCUUUUUGUCUUUUCUACAUUAUUUUUCUUAGUUUUAAUUUAAAAUUUUGAUUUCACUAUGAUCUUAAUUACUUUGUGUUUAGUUGUACUAGCCAUUAACUCAAGUUAUGGUCAACCUCAACGGUUUCUUGCUCCGCAACCAACCUCUGAUCAACUAGAGGGCUCACCACAAGGAGGUUUCCCUGGUCAACCACAAGGUCCACCUCAACCACCUCAAAUAAACUGGGGUAAAUGUCCGCAGUUGGAGCCAAAGGAAAGUGAUAAAAAAGCUAAAGCCGAUAUCAUUAGUUCAUGUAUUAAAUCAAUUCCUCUUCCCGAAAAUGUUACCCAAGAAUCGAUUGAAAAACAUCGUACUGAAGUAGCCAUAUGUGCAUUAAAUGCUGAAAACUGGUUCUCUGCUGAUAUGAAAUAUCGAUAUGAUAAAGCCGAGAGUGAAAUUAGAGCCAAAAAACUGGUUUCAGAUGUUGAGCCACUAGUUUUGCGUCAACAUGGAGAGUGCCGAAAAGAAGCUGAGGGACAAUUUCCUUCUGGAAUCGCUCAAGUUCAACUAUAUCAAGCCUGUAUGGACUAUCAUAUUUCCCAAAUCUGUGGUAUAACAAUUGUUGGUGCCUCAUCUCCUCAAUAAUCAGGACAAAAAGUCAAGACAAGUCCACCGUAUUGCUGAUCAAUGAUUCUGACCGCGUUUGCUUCCAGCAAUUUCAUCAAUUUUAAAUUCUUGGCUAUUUCACAAAUUUCUUACUGUUUUGCAUUCUCAUGAUAACUACAAAACUUGAAAUCUAACCAUUAACCAACACCAUCAUCACUAAUAGUCGAUUAACUAAUCCUUUUAUUAUUAGUUGACUCGAUAAAACUAGUUAUUUGAUGGCUACUUCUUUAACUUGUUUGUAUGUUUUAUACUAUUGUUUUUUUACAUACCUUAAUGAAUGUAUUUUUUCUUAACGUUGAAUUUGUAAUUAAAUUAAAGUUAAAAGGAAAA